CAGCAUACAGUUCCAUUUGAGAAUUAUUUUAUAUAGGUUGCCCAAAAGAAUAUAUCUAUAAUCUAUACCUACCCACCCUCAAUAUUCUACUCCUACAAAUUCAAAAACGAGCUUUUGUAGCCAUCCAAAAUUUGGCUUAAGAUGAGACAGUAUUGAUCAGAUUCUGAAAACCCAUCAAUUCGCUUCCUCUCUAUCUAUAAUUGCCAGCUCUUUUUGGUUUUCUGUCAUUUUACCACUUUGGGGUUAUUUAUUUAUUUAUUUUUUUUAUCUUUUCCAUCAGUAGAGAAAUGUGGAAUCUCAAUGAUUCACCAGAUCAAACAAGGGCUGAUGAUACGGAUGGUUAUACGGAUGACAAGCUUAAAGGAGUCGACUCUGUGUCUAAUUCAAGCUCGUCGGCGGUGGUUAUCGAGGAUGCUUCUGAAGAUGAAGUUGCAGAAAGAGGUAGAAAGAAGAGGAGCAGCAAAAUAUUUGGGUUUUCUGUGGCUCACAACGAUGAUGACAGGAAUCCAUGCUCGUCGGAGUGUAAAUGGCUGGUUACUCGGCAGUUCUUUCCGGUCGACGAGUCCGAAACUGGGGCUACAUCAAGCGACCGACCACUCGAAUUCCCACAAGCUCAACGAUUUGGAGUUAAUUUAUCCACGUCUGAACCCCACGGCGCUGGCGGGCGUGGAUUUGGGAAGUCGGCGGCGGAGGUUGCACAGCCUCUCAAGAAAAGCCGACGAGGGCCUAGGUCUCGUAGCUCUCAAUAUCGUGGGGUUACCUUUUAUCGGAGGACUGGCCGGUGGGAGUCACACAUAUGGGAUUGUGGAAAGCAAGUUUAUUUGGGUUAGAAUUUCCUUCUUUAUUCUUCUUAUUUGGCAAACAAGAUUAUUCUUUUCUCAACUUGACUAUGAAGUUCUUGCUUUAUCAUCUGAUUGGUCAAAUGGGCUUUUGUUUUGGGAAAUUAUAGGUGGAUUUGAUACAGCACACGCGGCAGCUCGCGUAUAUGAUAGGGCAGCCAUUAAGUUCCGGGGAACGGAAGCAGACAUAAACUUCAAUCUAGAAGAUUACGAAGACGUAAAACAGAUGAGCAAUUUAACAAAGGAAGAAUUUGUGCAUGUACUUCGACGACAAAGUACAGGUUUUCCAAAAGGGAGCUCCAAGUAUAGAGGUGUUACUUUGCAUAAAUGUGGUAGAUGGGAAGCUAGAAUGGGCCAGUUCUUAGGCAAAAAAUAUGUUUAUCUGGGUCUUUUUGAUACUGAAGUCGAGGCUGCCAGGGCUUAUGAUAAAGCUGCCAUCAAGUGUAAUGGAAAGGAUGCUGUUACAAAUUUUGAUGCCAGCAUUUAUGAUGAAGAACUCAGAGGUGCAGGUAAAAUUAAUGAAUCUUCUAACAAUGCAGAAUAUCAUAAUCUAGACUUGAGUUUGGGGAAUGCAGCUUCAAAGUGUAGCAGCAGAGAAUUGGAAGAUGAAAAUCAUGAUCAGCAUUGUUCGACAAUGCCGUUUGAAUUUGAUUUGCGACUCCAGGGAUCAAGAUCCGAGCUUAAUUUCCAGAAUGGACUUGGUCAAAUUGACAGAAGGGAUGGAUAUAAUGAAAAUGAUACUUUACAGCUUCUAAGCCAAACACACCUGCACUCUCCCGGUUCAUUGAAGGUUAACGAAUUGCACCAAUAUAGACAGUUCAUGGAAGGCAAUGAGCCAAGAAUGCUAAUGUUCUCUUCACCGGUAGGCUCACAAAGUUAUCGAUUACCGAGCUGCAGCAAUGGUGGUGGAAUUAGAGGCAACGGAGAAGUGAUUUCUAUCUCAACAAAUGAUCAGCUAUGGCAAACAAAAUCUCCUCAAUUAUUUGCUACUGCUGCAGCAUCAUCAGGAUUCGGACAGCAAAUACUGAGACCCCAAAAUUGGCUGCACAAAAGUAUUGUCCGCCCACUCACGAGACCCUCAUAGCUGACCUAAUCUUGUGUUCCGCUUAGUCGUCGUCUAGGAUUCUGUCAUUAAAGAUCUCCAUUUUCUCUGAAUCUGUAAAAUUCCUAAUAAGGGACAAAAAUUUAUGAUUAGAAUCUGAAAAGGGGGAUUGGUAAUUUGUCCAAACUAACGGGAAAAAAGAAAUCUUGGGUUGGAUCUUCUGCAUUGCUGAUUAGUAACUGGUGAUACAGUAUGAUUGUAAUAUCUAUACAAGUUUUCUGGAUCUUUUGUGAAAAAAUUCCAAUGUACAAGAUAUGGUAUUAGUUCUUAUCAUAGUAUUAUUAGACCUUAAAUUUUUAA